GAGGCGCUUACCCCGCACUCACCGCAGGUUUCGAUGGAAAUUGUUUGCGCACAGCAGUUGCAAACAGUGGUGAGCGGCCGUCUCAAGCGCCCUUCCCCACCAUGACAAUCGCCUUGAAUCUCUUCGCGCAAAAUCGGCCUCACAUUCUGGUGCAUGGAAGCAAUAUGUCGCGAGCAACAGCUAUCCCCGCUCAGGACGCUCUCAAGGAAGCUGGUUUUAGCAGCGAGCUCAUUUCUGUGCCUCCUUCUGACGAAGACCCGAGCGUAGGCAACGUUCGAGUCCUGGCUCAUCGAGAUGCAGCCUUAGGAAGUAGGAAGGCUCGACCGCUGCUCUUGUUGCAUGGACAUCCGCAAUCUUCGAUCAUUUGGAGACGUAUGGCCCGACCGCUGGCGAACGAUGGGUGGGACGUGAUCGCUGUGGAUCUGAGAGGUCAUGGAGGUAGCGAUACGCCGCUGGUGCGCGACAGGCACGCAGAGGCGGGUCACGAUGAGCUGGGCCCUCCGCAUGAGAGCAGAUGGAGGUAUAGCAAGAGGAUGAUGGCAAGAGACGCUGUCCAUGUGAUGCAACAUUAUGGAUACGACAGUUUUCAUGUUGUAGGGCACGAUCGAGGAGGCCGUGUUGCUCAUCGAUUGGCGCUCGACAAUCCGAACAAAGUCCUCAAGCUCAUUGUGCUUGACAUUGCACCGACGCUUGACAUGUACACCCAGACCAACCUCAAAUUUGCCACAUACUACUGGCACUGGUUCUUCUUGAUCCAGCCCUGGCCAGUGCCGGAGGAGAUGCUCAGUCGUUCUCCCGAGACCUACGUCAACAAGAUGGUAUCACGCCAAACCACCGCAUCUCAAGGAGUAGUGCAUCCUCCAGAAGUCUUGGCGGCCUACAUCGAAGCUCUGCAAGACUUUGACAAGGCGCACGCUACGGCGGAGGAUUACAGGGCAUCAGGGCCUGGCGGAGUGGAUCUGGAACUUGAUGCGCAGGAUCGAUCGGCCGAUAGACGCCUUCAAGUACCUUUGCGCGUGCUUUGGGGCAAGAAGGGCGUCAUCGAGGCGUUGUUCGACCCAUUGAAGCUGUGGCAAGCGGUCACAAAUCCGCAGAUCACGGUGACCGGCAAAGCUUUGGAUGCAGGUCAUUAUAUGCCGGAGGAAGUACCUGAAGAGCUGCUCGACGAGAUUAGCAGCUUCUUUGGACAGUCGUGAGCUUCACUCUAGUGCUAUUGUGGUCACAAGCCUAUUGCAACCCCUUGCACUCGCAUGUACCUGGGAAACGUCUGAGAUGCAAUUUGACUUAUGACUUCCUCGUGC